AGCUGCUCAAACACAGCUUGCUGAAGCGUAAGAGGCGACAUCGCUAAUCACCCGCUUUAAACGAACUCUAUUUUAGAGCAUCUUUACCAGGAUUCUGGGGAAGUACGCGUGCGUGUCGUGUGUUUAAAGCGGUGUUAAGUGACGCGGUGCUGGAGGUCUCCCCGCUCGCGGCGGCGCAGUGGUUCAGUCCAGGAUCGCGGAAGCUCGCGGAGAGUGAGAGAAGUUAGGCGCUCGCGCGAGUUUGUGUUGAUGUGUGUGUAGCGGCACAGAAGCGCCACGCAGAGACGCAGAGACUCAGAGAUGCGGCGAAAGCAGAAGAGACUGCUGCAGAUCGCGCUGCUGCUGCUGCUGGCCUUUCUGUUCCUGCCGAGCGUCGGCUUGUGGUCCGCGUCUCUGGAGCGAAUGUUUGACAGCUCCGAGUCCGCGGACGCCGCCGGAGUCUCGCACCUACAGAGAAUAAACAGACACAAAGUGCAGAAGGACGGCGUUCGGAAAAAGGACUGGCAUGACUAUGCACUGAUGCAGAGCGAAGCGGCGCGUUCAGGUGUCGGCGAGCAGGGCAGGCCAUAUCCGCUGACCGACUCGGACCGUGUGGACCAGGCCUACAGGGAGAACGGAUUCAACAUAUUCGUCAGCAAUCGCAUCGCCCUCAACAGAUCCCUGCCUGACAUCAGACACCCGAACUGUAAGACCAAGCUGUACACAGAAGAUCUUCCCAACACCAGCAUCAUCAUCCCCUUCCAUAACGAGGGCUGGUCGUCUCUGCUGCGCACCGUUCACAGCAUCCUCAACCGCUCGCCGCCGCAGCUCAUCGCCGAGAUCAUCCUCGUGGACGACUUCAGCGACAAAGAGCAUCUGAAGGCUCCUCUGGAGGAGUACAUGGUGCCUGCCAAGGUUCGAAUCCUGCGCACUAAGAAGCGCGAGGGACUGAUCCGGACCCGACUGCUGGGCGCCGCGGCUGCGAAGGGUCAGGUCAUCACGUUCCUGGACUCACACUGCGAGGCCAACGUCAACUGGCUGCCGCCGUUACUGGAUCGCAUCGCAGACAACCGGAAAACGAUCGUGUGUCCGAUGAUCGAUGUGAUCGACCACGAUAACUUCGGCUACGAGACGCAGGCCGGCGAUGCCAUGCGAGGGGCUUUCGACUGGGAGAUGUACUACAAACGCAUCCCUAUCCCAGCUCAGCUGCAGAAAUCAGAUCCCAGCGACCCGUUUGAGUCUCCGGUGAUGGCAGGCGGUCUCUUCGCUGUGGACAGGAAGUGGUUCUGGGAGCUGGGAGGAUAUGACAUGGGUCUGGAGAUCUGGGGAGGAGAGCAGUACGAGAUCUCCUUCAAGGUGUGGAUGUGUGGCGGCCGGAUGGAGGACAUUCCCUGCUCUCGGGUCGGUCACAUCUAUAGGAAAUACGUGCCCUAUAAAGUGCCGGGCGGAGUGAGUCUCGCCAGGAAUCUGAAGCGUGUGGCCGAGGUGUGGAUGGACGAGUACGCGGAGUUUAUCUACCAGCGGCGGCCGGAGUACCGGCACCUGUCCGCCGGAGACGUGACGGCGCAGAAGGAGCUGAGGAGCCGGCUGAGCUGCAGGAGCUUCCGCUGGUUCAUGACGGAGGUGGCCUGGGAUCUGCCCAAACACUACCCGCCGGUGGAGCCUCCGGCCGCUGCGUGGGGAGAGCUGCGUAACGUCGGCUCCGGUCUCUGCAUGGAGAGCAAACACUUCUCCUCCGGCUCCCCGAUCCGUCUGGAGACGUGUCUGAAGGGACGCGGCGAGCCGACCUGGAGUCACGGUCAGGUCUUCACGUUCGGCUGGAGAGAAGACAUACGAGUCGGAGACCCGCUGCACACUAAGAAGGUCUGCUUCGACGCCGUGUCUCACAGCAGUCCUGUAACGCUCUACGACUGCCACGGCAUGAAGGGGAACCAGCUGUGGGCCUACAGGAAGGAUAAGAGCCUCUAUCACCCCAUCAGUAACAGCUGUGUUGACUCUGACGCUGCACAGAAGCGGAUCUUCAUGAACUCCUGCGAUGCCUCGUCUCUCAGCCAGCAGUGGCUCUUCCAGAACACCAACGCCACGGUCUUACACUCCUUCAACAGCAAUCACGAGUGACCGGACGCUCCUGUGCCUUCACUGACCCCAGACCGCCGGUCCUUCUGUCCACACUCCCUUCACCUUCCUCAUCUUCAUCACGUCCGGCGAGCGGCAGCAGUGUUCGACUCCGCUGUGCGUCUGAGGAGAACCUCUGAGAGACGAGCUGUGAAAGAAACGCCAAUCUGAUGCUGUCCCUCGCAAACACUGACCGCUUUAUUUAUUUGACCGCUCCAUUCCACAGCGUCACUGGGUUCAUGAACCACGAAACAGCAGCUUUUACUGAGUGCUGUUUUUUUUUAAACUUGAUAUUAUUAUCCCAACUUCUAUCUGUUGUGUAUUUUUUUUUCACUUUAGAGGACAUAAUAUUUUAAUACAAAGACCUAAAAUCAUGUCAUCAUUCAGAAGCUGUUGUAUCCUAUUUUUGGGGAAAUCUAAUAUAGCCAGUCCUGUUAUGAUGUGUGCUGUAAACCACAGCGCUCGAGCGAGGUCUGGAGUAUCUGAUCAGUCACGCUUCAUGUUCCUCCGUCUGUCUGUGAUCGAACCGCUGGAUCUCAGUACCGCUCGCACCCAAAGACGGAUCCGUUCAGGUGUCCACGGCUGAAGGAUCUCCGGUGUUUAAUGCACAUGAGCAGCACAAUGUGAAGCUUGAAUCCAGUCGACGUGCCUUGCUAAAGACGCUGGUGUGAAGAACAGCACACUGUAGUCUAGUUUUCUACAUUCAGAGUGUUUUUACCGUUGAAGAUUUUUAAGAUGAUCUGCCGAGCACUUUGACAUGUUGUUUUGAUCCGAAGCUGUUUUAAAGUUGAUCUCCAGCACUUUUUCAGACGUUUCUUUGUCCAGAGCUUAUUUUCGAGUAUUAAUGUUUUUGUAAUUUCUGUCGAUUCUGAAGAGCUGUUAUUGUGUCAGACGCACGUGUUUAAUACUGUUUGGUUUGUUAUUGCUUUGAUGAAUUUCCAGACGUGUGUGUGUGGAAUAUGAUUAUAUGAUUGACAGCUAAUAAGUCUUGGGUUGAUGAGGAAUCUUGGGAAUGCUAGUAUUUUUACAGUCAGUGCUGAUGCAUUAAAAUGGUUCUUAAAUUGCUCAUCAUAAAUUAUAAAUAAUGCACAGUAUAAUCUGUUCAGUUGUGUUAUUUUUCUUUUCAGUUUGAUCAAUGUUUUCUCAUUUCAAGUUUGAAUUAUGCUGUCGUAGAAAAUCCAUUAAAUCUUUUCCUCCUUUAGUACAAAUAUUAUUGCAAAACUGUCUUAUUUUGAGUAGUUUGUACUCUUUACAUACAUUAUUAUUCAGAUCUGCAUGAGUUUGUGUUGGGAAUGCACUCAUCUCGUGUUAAAGCCCCUCAGAGCCUCGUGUGACGCAUUAAUCAUGUAUUUUCAGCAAAUAACUCCUUUUAUUAUUCAUCAGAAAGCACUUUAAGUGUGUUUUUCUCCAGCAGGCCUUUUGAUGACAAUAACACAAGACUGAAGCACUUUCUCUUUCCUUUUUAAAGUUGCACCGAGGUGCAGUGUUGUGUUGGGCUGCAGUGACCGCAUCAGGGGUCAGUGGUUUCAGAUGAACACGUCAAUAAAGAUUAUAAUGUGU